AUGGGUUCCCUCAGCAGGGUGUCCAGAGACGAGGCACACGAGUCGUCUCUGGUGGAGAAGGCCAAGUUCUACACGUCGCUGUGCCUGGGCACGGUGGCCGUCGUGUCGGUCUUCGUUUUCCUCUUCCUGAUCCCGUUCGUCGUCGACCCGGCGGUGUCCACCAUCGUGGCGGACUACGACCCGGCGCCGGUGACGUGCGCCACGACGGAGCACGUGUACGCCGAGGGGCUGCACAACUGCUCGUGGGCGUCCUGCCGCGAGGGCUGCACGUCCGCGGCGCCGCGCUGCCACCAGAUCCUCGUCAACUACAGCCGGCGCGCGUUCGCUGCCGGCGCAGACCCGCCCGCCGAAUGGGACGUGGUCAACACGCGCUUCUUCGUGAACGCAGAAGGCUGCGGAUACCCACCCAAGGUAACGCUCUUUCCCGCCUUCUGCGUAACGGCCACAAUAAAAAGAGAGGAAAGGAACGAAGGACAAAAAUGA